ACUUAAAAUCGUUCUCUGCUCCGAGACCGGCCACGUCGCUCCCGUCCAUUCUCCAUCACUCUCUCACCGCCUACGUGUACGCCUCCUCGCCCGUCGGAUCCCGUUAGACUUCGUUUACAGCCGUCGAUUCGGCUGACCAAGAAGCUUGUGGACAUCGUAAUCCUACUAUAUCUACGCACAAAUCUCCAUCUACUUGAGCAAGCACCUUCUCUCUCUCUCUCUCUAGGAGUAUUUUCCUUCCUGUGUCGAGAAUCUUCCAGAACCGCCCUGUGCUACGCCGGAAAACCGGUCUCGUGUUCGGCGAAUCUCGCCUCAAGCUUGUUGUGGUUUGAGAGGAUUUGCGUGGGUAUAAAUUUCUCGCUCAUCUUAUCUCUUGUUUGCUUAUACGACUUGGCAUGGGAGUUGUAACUGUUUCUAGCUCAGCUUCGAGGACACCAUUGGGAUUAAGUGCGACUUUCUCAUCUUACAGAUCCCCAUCAGAAAGACCUUUAAUUUUGGCAUUUAAAACGGUUAAAACGAAAAACAAUGCUUUAGUUGCACCUGCAGAGCUGGUCUCGAUUCCUGCUGAGACACCUAAAGAGAACAAGAAAAAACUAAGAAGGUCUAGGAAGGCUUCAGAAAGAUUGAAAGCUCUCUCCAUAGAUGAGGUCCCAUCGUGUACAUUUGAAGUGGAUUACAAUGAAGCUGCUGCCAAACUCGAAAGCCUAUACAAACUUAGCCCUACAAGCCAUCCCUCUGAUGUCGAUGAUACAGACCAUGUUGUGAGGAGAGGGGGGCGGCGGAGGACUAAGGAAGUGGGGGAUGAAGAGUACAAGAUUGGUAGUAAUGUAGUGAGGAGUGGGCGGAAGUUUCCAAUACGAUUGAAUCUUGCUGGGAGGAUAUCAUUGAGGAAUAAAAACGAUUGUGAAAUGGCUUGUUCUGUUAGGAGGAGAAAAGAUCCCAAGAACGAAGAAGACAGAAUCCGCAAGCUUAUCAGGGAGUAUUCAGUGUCGAGUGAAUUGGUUAGCUAUGACUGGAAGAAGAUGAAGAUACCGCCAGUUCUGCCUUCUUCUGAACAUUCAUUUCUGUUCAAGUUGAUGCAGCCUAUGAAGGAAAUUCUCGAAGUUAAGGGGAACUUGGAGCAAGAUUUGGGGCAAGAGCCAAGGAAUGGUGAUUUGGCAGAGGCAAUGAAGAUGACUGUAGUACAGCUAAGAAAGACGUUAGUGGUUGGUCAAGCGGCCAGAAAUAAGCUAGUUAAGCACAAUCUCCGGCUUGUUUUGUUUGUGGUAAAAAAAUAUUUCCGAGAGUUUGCCAAUGGCCCUGAAUUUUCGGACCUCUGUCAAGCAGGGGUGAAUGGUCUUAUCACAGCAAUCGACCGCUUUGAGCCAAAAAGGAAGUUUCGGCUCUCUACUUAUGGUCUGUUUUGGAUCAGACAUGCCAUCAUUCGAUCAUUGACCGUCUCAAGCUUCUUGCAUGUUCCCUUUGGCCUUGAGUCAGUUAGGGUAGAAAUCCAACGAGCCAAACUAGAGUUGUCGUUUGAGCUUAACAGAUUACCAACAGAAGAAGAGAUUAUAAAGAAAGUUGGAAUCUCUCCUUCUAGGUAUCAUGAAGUGAUGAGGGCUUCAAAACCAGUAUCCUCUCUCAAUGCUAAGCACAGGACAACUCAACAAGAGCUCAUUGAUGGACUUGCUGAUACCGAAGGCGUUGGGGGUGAUGAGCGGCAACCUGCUCUUCUCAGGCUUGCUCUCGAUGAUGUGCUUGAUUCUCUGAAGCCCAAGGAAAGCUUGGUCAUCAGACAGAGAUACGGGCUCGAUGGCAAAGGUAAUAGGACAUUGGGAGAAAUUGCAGGGAACUUGAAUAUCUCAAGAGAAAUGGUUCGGAAACAUGAAAUGAAAGCUAUGAUGAAGCUCAAGCACCCGGCCCGAGUCGAUUAUCUUCGCCAUUAUGCUUUCUAAAACAUUUCACUUCUACUUUUUUUUUCCUUUUUCUUGUUCUUCUAUGCAUACGUGUAUAUGUGUAUGUAUAUAUAUAUGUGUGUGUUAUAUGUAUACAUUUGUACUCCCUCUCCCCCGUAUUAUAACGCUUGAUCUUGAAAAUCACAUACUCCUACUACCAUUCACUCUAUGCUUUGGAGACUUACCAACUACGGAGAACUUGUAAUUCCCAUUUUCUUUUCCUGUCCGUUUUGUAACAAGAUGCGUCAUACAGCUAAUAGUAUACAAUACACUUUCAAUA